GUUCGAAUGCCUGUGUGUGGGCGUGAGUGAAGAUGAGAGAGUCCAAUGCAUAGUAAUCGGUGAGUGUCGCUGAAUGGACAAUGGGUCGAAUUGGGAAGCAGCUUCGCGACCGGAACUAGAAAUGGCCUCUUGCUUGCAUUCCGGCGCAGGCAGGCGCAGGCAGGCGCAAUUCGUUGUCGUUGUCUAGAGGAUGCAAGCGCAAAUGGUGGGUGCCUGUUCUCUCACAAUUCCCUCUCCGGUGAGGUCUCGCACCUUUGUCACACCUUGACCAGCGGGAAGAAGAAUCUUGUAGCUCAACACUCAUUUCUUUGUUUGUGCCGUGAGACUGCUACUGGACAACCCCCUAGUGUCGUAUGCCUAGCAAAUGACCGGAUCAACUGACCCUGAUGGAGCAUUGGACGGCCAAAGAUCCCUCGAAACGGUUCCAUCUGCCUAAGCGAAUGUCCACGGAUGAUGGAAAGCUUGCCCGGUUCCCGCUCGCUUCAAUGGAGGCAUUCACCCGCCCCAUAUCUGCUCUAGCCCGACAUCGAGUCCAUCAGCUUUCAGACAUACGAGAAGUUUCCGGGUCCUCAAAGACGGCGACACAUGGCUAUUCUGUGCACGAGUGGAAUGACGGUUGCGUCGACAGACCCACAACCCCUGCCCCUCAAACCGAUGCGCUCUCACAUACCACCUCGUCCGAGUAUCUGACACCGACAGCCUUUCGUUCCGGCGGCACCAAGAAUUAUGCAACGGGUCUGGGAAGUCGCGCCGCAAGCGCAGUCAGCCUGCCCCAUAGAGCCGUCCCUGAGCGCACAUCGUCGGCCAGCAUUCUGUCUCGGAGCCUCGGUGGUCCUAUUCAGGCCUCGAUGCGCGAAUUGCCCACAUGGAGAAUCGCAGAACUGGACGGAACGGACUCCCUGGUCCGCGACAAAGGUCGAGCCGAGUCUCCCGUUCGGCGAUCAAUUGGUCGUGCGGCUCAAUCAUCUGAGGUCCUCCGCCCUACCCUUGCACGCACCUUCAUCCGCACCUCGCCUCCUCACGAAGUCCUCGACCAUGGCAGCAGUCGUCACCCUCGAGUAGAGCUGUCGGUCAGCCUCCCCUCGCCACUCUUUGUGGGCGGCGGUACAGUAGAAGGACAACUCACCAUUCAAGUGGAUGGCGGAGUAGCAAGAAAGCCGAAGACGAAGCCAAUCUACAUUUCCAAAGCUUGCAUUGAUGUCAUUGGCGUGGAAGAAAUUAACGAUGGCCGACGAUGGGUGUUUCUGUCGCUUGCGACAGAGUUGUUUGAUAAAGAGAAUCCCCCUCCGCCUUCCCUGGUCACGUCGCAGAGCCCUGAGCCUGGUGCAGAUCUGUGGUGGGAAAUGAAGUCUGCUACGUCGGUCGUCCCAUUCUGCGUUAACCUCCCGCUGAAGCUCGGUCCUCCUCCCUACUCUUCCAGACAAGCUUCGAUUCGGUACCUGCUAUGUCCAUCAAUUGUGGUCAAGACCGGGGACAAAAGAACUGUGAUCAGACAGACAUAGAAUGUUCAGAUGCUCACUGUUCACGAUCCAGAGAAGGCGUUGGCCAGUCUGGCGAGUCCUCUCCUGGCCACGGAUACGCUGUACCUGGCAAGAGAGCCUGAUAUCCAAACUGUGAAGCUGACUGCUGGUCUCCACCGCCAGACAUGGGUCAACGGCGCCUUGAUCUUUAUCGACGUCCACGUUGCCAACAAUACUUCAAAAACGGUGAAGAAAAUCGAGGCUCAAUUGGAGAAGACGACGCUCUGGUAUACGCACGCUCCAGCUGGCACUGCAGAGAAGAGCGCAAACUACCUUCGUCUCCCGAAACGGACAGACGCCGAGGUGGUGAGCGGAACUACGCUCAAGAAAUCAAAUACUUGGAAGGGAGUGCCGUCUCAUUCAUCGGAUGUCCGCACAAUUGAACUGGAAGCACCACGAGGACAUGUUACCAUCAGCACUGGGAGGUAUUUUGAAGUUCGUUACUUUGUCAACGUCGUUGUAACGGUAAAGAUGUUCAAGACAGUGGCGGUCCAGCUUCCCGUAACAAUCAUACCGAUCAACUCAUUGGAUAUCUUACCAAAUUCGCUCGCACAGGUCGCCGCUUCGAUCGAAGCCAAGAGGUCUAAAACAGUGCCAGCACCGCCUCCUGGCCCUAGCCUUGCAGCUCAUCAUCAAGGGCAAGCCUUUACGGCUCCAGUUCGACAGUCAGCCGAGCGUGUGAGACAAGAGAGACCGGUGCCACAGGAAGACUUGGACAGCUUAGCCAAUGACGUUGACAAGUCUCCUCGACGAUUAGCGCAUACCCACAGCCACUGCAGAGGAGGUCUCUCCGGUACGACGACAGACGAGAAUGUCGCUCCCGGGCGCCCAAGCAUGGCGUCAUCAUCACACCACCAUCUCCAGAGGCAUCCGAGCUGUUACCACUGCCAAAUCACAUCCGAGAACUGUUCUCCUCCAAAGCCAGUGGGUCCCCGCUUGCCUCGACUUCAGGUUUCGACAUCUGGGUUGGGAUUCUCCGAAUCCGAGUUCGAGAUACCGCCUGAUUCGCCACCUCGGAAGGUCAUGUUGAGUGAGCACGAGAGAAACAUGAUCAAUCGGCAAAGAGAGCUCCAGAACCGGCAACAACGGAGCCAGUGGGCACAAAAGAGACCGAGCGGGGACAACAAGCGAGGCGAGGACCUACGCACAUCGAAGAAUCAGCCCUGUUACACCAACGUUGUGGCAGAUCCAAAUGCUGGCCCGAAGCAAGGCGAUUUUGGAAAUCUCAGUCCCGGAGUCAGGAAGAGGGGGGAUGGCAUGGCAUUUCAAAAGCCAAUGCUGUCAUCCAACGGAUUAGCUGUCGCUAGAUCGAGGUCGAAGACGAACCCCGAGGGACCGAGAUAUCGACCCAGCAUCAGCAAACCUCGACGCAGAUCGAGCACAGAUAGGCAUGACCGUGCUCGAGCAUCGGUUGACGGACCAGCAUUCCCAGCUAUGCCUCGCAGAUUUAGCAAGGACCUUGCCCAGAGAGCAAGCUUGGAUCAAUUAUUCUGAGUUCGCGCGAGGUGACUGAUGGGUUGUUUUGCUGGAAUAUAAUCAUUCUAGUAUCGCUUGAGGGCAGGAUUUGUUGCAUUAGGCUUGAAGCAGAGUAUACAGACUGUUAGAAUAGGAAACAGCCGGUAUAAAGUACAAUAGAAUCAUAGCCAUAUGACGGCUUCGCAGCCUUGAGGAACA